CGUAGAAAAAAAGAGAGCUUCCCUGGCAGGCAUCAUCCCCCUCAGUCAGUCUGACCGCCCACAGUCCGGGGGGAGAAAGUGCUGCUUUGUGAAUGAAGGGAGCGGCGGAGGACGGAAAACAAACUUUGACAAAAAUUGUAUCCGGAGAGUAACCAUUUUAUUAACAGCUGCGUAGUUUCGACGGUGCAGCGCGACACCGGUGCGACAAGGACUGAGGAAACACAAAUCCAGAUAUUCUGAAGACAUCAUGGUGCUUAGAUUUGCCUAUGUUGCUUUUCUCUGCCUGGUGGUGUUGGUGGUUGCUGAGCCUUGCCUCAUCAUCAGCGAGAUCAACGCUGACAACCCAAGACUAGACACCACUGAGUUUGUGGAGUUGUAUCACACUAGUGGACAGCGUGCCUCAUUAGAUGGAUACACUCUUGUCUUCUACAAUGGGAAUGGAAAUGUAGCCUACAAGGUGCUGGACCUAAAAGGUCAGAGCACUGAUGACAGAGGAUUCUUCCUAGUGGGCUCAGUGGACAUGCUUCCCAAACCUGCCAUCCCUCUGCCUCCCAACACAGUCCAGAAUGGCCCAGAUGCUAUUGUUCUCUACCACACAUCUGCUGCUCGCUACAAUGAGAAGAUGAAUGUAACAUCUCACGGGUUGGUGGAUGCCGUCGUGUACAUGACUCGCCGUACAGGGGGAGCAGAAUUCCUCGCUGAUAUUCUGACCCCAGGAGAACCAGCCUUUGUAGAGGAUGAGACAGCCCUUGAGGGUGACGAGUCAAUUGAGAGGUGUCUGCUGUCUGAAGAUCGCUGGGGCUUUCAGGUGUCGUCCCCCUCUCCAGGUCAGAGGAACAACUGCACAGCACCUGUUGCACCAGCAACCAUUCCUGUCAUCAAUGAAAUAAAGCUGGGAGGAGGGCAGGUGGAUGGGUUCGUGGAGCUAACAGAGGCCUCAGCGGCAGGUCUGCUGGCGCUGGUUGUGUUGGAUGGGAAGACUGACAGGGUCAGUGUGAGUGCAGAUGUAAACAUGGCCAACGCAAGGAAUGGAUUGAUCUCAGUGACCGUAGAGAAGAGCUUCAUGAAAGGAGAUGAGUCUGGGGCUGUGGCUAUUUACAGUGGCAGAGCAUCAGACUUCCCUGUUGGCAGCUCUCUGAGCCAAAUACAGCCUUUAGAUGCUUUUGUGUUUGCCGGACCUGGAAGUAAGCCGAGUGCCAACCUCACAGAGACUCUCAUCCCAGGCAGACAUCCCUAUCAACUCAGCAACAGUUUGAGAGAAGGUGGGUUCUAUCUGAGCCGCUGUGGUGUGGCCACUUGGACUAGAGACCCUGGUGUCUUCUGGGAGGCCCCACAAACUCCUGGACAGCCCAACCAGUGCCCCUGGCCAAAGAUCUGCCCUCACAGUAUUGUGAUUCCAGGAGGAACAGAUUCACCAUCUCACCUUCCGCCCUGGGGGAACAGUGACUUUCUUAUCAAUGAGCUGAACACCGACACACCCGGUGCAGCCGAGGAUGGCGAGUUCAUCGAGCUCUGGCACCCAUCAGGACGCCGUGUCUCCCUGCAGGGCAUUUGGAUCCUACUCUUCAGUGCACACAACAACAGACCCUAUAGGGAGAUCAGCCUGAGUGGACACUUCACAACCUCUAAGGGCUAUUUCCUGAUUGGUAGCGACCGGUUGGUGCCAGCUCCAUCACUACGACUGCCCCCCAACACCAUCCAGAACGGACCAGAUGCAGUGGCACUCUAUCGCAGCCCUUAUGGCCAACCAUCAGCCACGCAGAGAGGGAUCCCCACCAGAGGCCUGCUGGACGCAGUUGUGUACCGGCAAAGGGGAUCGGACAGGGAGGCACAGGAGUUGAGCAAAGCGCUGACACCAGGACAGCUCCCCCUGCUGGAGGAUCCAGAAGCUCUGAAGGGUGACGUGUCGCUCAGUCGCUGUCGAGGCCUCUACCCCUUUGACCUGUCUGCUUUUUCAGUGGCCCCACCGACUCCACUUCGGGAAAACAGCUGCCCCCGCCCCCCUCCAGCCCCAGAAGGUGUGGUCAUCAGUGAGGUAGCUAGUGGCCAUUGGACCAAUCACAGCCAGCAAAGGGCUUUUGUUGAACUUCACGGGCCUCCGAUGACAGACUUGCAGGGCCUGGUGCUCACUGUGUUCGACCAGGAGCGCAGUGGGACUGUUAUCACCCUUCUUUUGACUGGAUCUAUUGAUCAGGAUGGAUUUUAUAUUGUUGGAAAUGUCACUGGAGCAGAUCAGACUUUCCCAGAGGGCUCCACGGUACCGGUACGAGGAGCAGUGGUUCUGUGCUAUGACCUGUUCAGUGUGUGCCGAGCUGGUACAGCACUGACAAACUCCAGUCUCAGAGAUGUGCUUGUGUUCAGUGAAAAGCAGCAGCUGCUCUCCUCUCUGUCCACCAGCAGAGGGAGACAAGUGAUUCCAGCUCUGAGAUCAGUAGAGGAUGGUCCUGUCUCGCUCAGUCGGUGUUCCUGCUGUGAGGUGAGAAGCCCCUCCUCCUGGACAAGCUCCUCCCCCACACCCCACAGCACCAACCUCUGCCCGAGCCCUGCCUACUCAAGUCACAUCGACCUCUGUCUUGGACCCCUGUCCAGUGACUGGCAUGAGCAGUCAGCAGACUGCAGCACCCUGAUCCAGGGUAAAAGGGUGGCUGAGGUGGCCGAUUACCUGGAACAGAAGUGUCACUGUGGCAUCUCUGCCUUAUAUCUCCAAGGAGCCAAUUUUUCCUGUGUGUCCGGGUGGCUGCGAGUUUGGGGUAAUAUCGAGGCACUAUCGGAUCAUCAGAAGGCCCUCAUUAUCCAGACAUCACACAUGAGUCUUUCAACUGCUCAGGGAGACGUCUGCUCCGCUCCCUCCUCGCACCGCUUUACAAGCACAGCGUCCGCUCUCGGGUUGCAGAUCGGCCUGAUUGUCGCGGUUCUCCUGCUGAUUGGAGUAGGAGCUGCUCUGUUCACAUAUUUCUACAGAAGGAGGCGUCCUCUGGACUAUUACACCAUGGAGCUGAGCGAGCAUGCAGAGGGACUGUCAGAUCUAUAAUCCAGACUUUGGAUCACAGCGUUUGCACCUGGAAGUGCUCCUGUGCGUGGGAGGACCUCAGCAGAGAGACGGAGAGACGGAGGGACGGGGGGUAAUGACAGAUUUAUUUCCACCUGUUACAUUACGGGUUGUGCAGUUUGUUUUGAAACGAGUGCCACCACAAGUGUCCUUCUCUGCGUCUUCAGAUGAUCACUGCUGAAAUGACUCGUAAUUUUCUGUUAACAGUGUGGCUGUAUACUGUGUGUGACACCAGUGACACUUAUGUCGUCAAAUCAGACAACCCAACAGAAGGAUUUAAAAAUAUGUAGAUAGUGUAAUAUUUUUACAAAGGUUGGUGCCUGUGAACAGUGCUGGUUACUACUUUUAAAGAAGAGGGAAGACAAAAGGGAGCGUUUUGUUUGAAAUACUUGAGUCCUACGUGGAUGUUUUUGUUGACUUGUUGUUUUUAAUAUGGAUGUAACGAUACCUUGCCAGACUGUUGAAAAUUGCUUCACAUAAGGGACUAUUCAACACUUCAGUAAGAUUACUAUAAAAAAUGUAGCACCAGUGUUUUCACCCAAACAACACCUAACCCACCAGAGUAAAUUUACCAAGUGUUUGAUAUCCAUGUAGGAUUGCUUUUAACUAUCAAUAGACUAGUGGACAAUCUCUCUCUCUUUCUACUCCUCGAGUAUGUGUUGCGAACAUAGACUGAAUAUAAAAUGGACGUCAUCACGAAGCAAGGCCGCCACAAAAACUCCUCCCCCUAGUGGCUGGUUGCAGUAUAGGUCAAAACCUCUGUCUCCCCUAUUCAUUUGAAUGAGGCUGCGGUCAAACUUAAAAAAGAAAUACACGUCGUACAGAUGUUUCUCACAUCCGUAUGUUGUGGUGAUAUGUAGUUAUUAUUUGACUGUUUUGUGUUCAAGGCCUCUUUUUUCUGAAAAGUUUAUUUUCAUUAGUUAUUAGAGUUUAAAAAACAGGGUUUUACAUCCGGUUUUACUUUGACAGCUGCCGUAGAGAGAAACUCUGUAGGACCUCAAGACGGUACACUGUAGGGCGGAGCUUGUCACUGUGGAAACACACAAAUUCCCUACUGAGCAGACUCUGGCUGCAGAGAAUUUACAAGAUGGCAGCGCUUUGGAACGGGAUAUUUUGGCUUCAAAACCGUACAAUGGGAAAAGGGGGAGCGACGCUGUCCAUUAUAUAUGCAGUCUAUGGUUGUAAGUAAUGUCUCCACAUCAGGGGUCUCAUUUAUAAACGUUGCUUACGCACAAAACGGGGCCUGAAACUGGCGUACAACAGUUUUCACGCCAAGUUUGUGAUUUAUAAAAAAAAACUUGAUGGGAAAAUGUGACUACCGGUAAGCAAACUCUGACCCAUGUGUACGUACAUUUUAGAGGCAGGGGGGAAUUGGCGUCGCAGUUGGUGAGAGGGAGAACUGAAGUCGGAUUAUAUUUUAACCCCUUUCGCACAUUUCAUUUCAUUGAAUAAAAACAUUAACAGACCCGCGUCACCAUCAUCACUAAAAUCUGCAUACUCUAUGGGAAUGUGUGUGAGCUGUUUCCAAUAAGCUGUCAUUAAAAGAUAAAAGCGUGUCUUAAAGUUCAUCAAAUAUUUCAUCAGCUUUGUCUCACCGUCACAUUUUUCCAAAGUGUAGAGGAAACAGGCCGUAUCCUAACGUGUUCGUCUGGAGGUAAAACCAAAAUAACAUCAGAAGACGUAAAUCAGCCGCAGAGCAAAGUGACAGUCAUGAUUUCAAUGUUUCUAACGCUGUGCAGAGUCACUGAGUGUCAUUAUAUUUUUAAUAAAGACUGCUGUACGACGCACGCAGAGCGGAGACACGGCCCCGGCUGCCUCACACACUGAUCACAUCUUCAUCACCUGCAUGUGUUUAGUGUGUUAAUGAGAAAAGUGUGGGAGUAAAGCCAUGCCCGGUUCUCACAGUUAUUAUCUUAUAAAUCAUCAUAAUCAGUCAGAGCGCAGGCCAAGCUGCCAGUGAUGAAACUAACACAUUAAAACUUAUAUUCACGGAUCAAACUUCUGUCAGAUAAUAUCAGAGAGGAGAUCUCUGAAUGACGUGAGCUCUCUGUAAUGUCAAAUAAAAGUGUGUGUCCUGUAAACAUGAAACACUGCAGUGAGACCCGUGCGUAAUGAUGGAAUAAUGGAUGCUCUGGCACUGGGGACGGGUACAUGAAUGCUGCAGCGACGUGGAGGCACUCGAUAUUUUAAUUUUAAUUUUAAUUUUUAUUGUGGCCCUCCUGCAGUAAGAAACAAACAAUGCGUGCUCUCUGACCUCCGCUUCAUUCACGAGGACCACGGUUUGUGGGUCAGAAACUUUAUUUCCUCCAUCUUCCUCUCUGUUGUUGCCGUGAUUCACCGUGAGAACCUUUUGAUCUUCUGGCUCAUUCGUAUGUUUGUUCAUUCAUAACGUGCUUUGCAUUGACCAUAUAUGGUUGAGUGUGGGCGUGAAAAGGGCGGAAUACGAGGCUGAACUAUGUGCGCAUAUCUCCGGGUGGUUUGUGAUUUAUUAACGGAACAUGGCGUAAAGUGAACAUGGAGUACGUAUACUUUUAGUAGGGAUUCUACGCACUCCUUUAUAAAUGAGACCCCUGCUCUGCAGCUAACAGGGAGAGAAAGAGAUUUAACAGACAAUGUUACGACAAUGUAAGACUUUAUGUCUCAUCAGAGUGUUACAUUGAACACUUUGAUAUCACAUAUCCUCUCUUAACUAAACAGACUAGCCAAAGUAUCUUUGUGUCCUUUCAAAACAAAAGCAUGUUUGUUAUCAAAACCUGACCCAAAGCAGUAACAAAACAAAAUCUAUGGGGUGAUGUCUUCUCUAAAGCUUUCACAUAAACUGGGUUACCAUUACCCUUAUGAAAACACUGAAAAAAUCAUAUUGUGCACCUAGCAUUAUGAAGCGUAUGGUAUAAUGAUGUGAGCGUAUCGUUGCAUCCCUCUUGUUAGCGUGGAAAAAGCCUUUAAAAGAUUUCAACUGAAACAACCUUGCUUUAGAUUUAUGCAGGAAGAUCAGUUUAACAUGGCAUUAUCAGCUGGAGCUACGGUGUUUUAACAGACUUUUUAGAGAUAUUUGUUACGCUAUCAUUUAUUCUUCAAAAUGAUCAACUCCCUGCUUUGUUUCCCUGCUGUAUGCUGUAAAAGUGAAUUUCAGACUCUCUUCACUUAAGAGCCUGACUGUCUUUAAAUGUGAAAUGUUCUGCUUACUUCUGAUGGGUGUCUGUAACCACUUCUGUAUGCGCACUUCAAACAAACUGUUUACAUUUUAGUGAUGGAAAAUGAGAAAAAAAAGAAUGUCAGAGACUGGUGAUGAAGUGGUUUUUUUGAAUGAAGAGUAUUUUUAGAAAUGAGAGACUGUUAUGUGUGGAAAAAAUGAAAGCUAUUUUAUGUUUCACUUUUUUGAAUGGCUCAGAAACCUCUACUGUGUCUUUGUGUUGUUAAAUCAGCUGAUUCCUCAUUUAUAAAGAGGGAAGGUACAGCUGCUUCUGCAGCAUUAGUAUAAAUACUAUAGAAAUUGCAUCAGUAUUCUCAGGGGGAGCAGUCACUGCUAGGGAUGGGAAUCAAUGACUGGUUCCAGAUAAGAACUGGUUCCAACUAGGUCCAGCCAUCAACAUAAGUUGCCUUUAUCGGUUCCCUUAUCAAUGCCUUCCACUUAGUUCUGCGAGUCUUGCAAAACAAUAGAAUGACGCGAGAGGCAGUCAGAUGUAGAGGAAGCAAUCAUGGCAGACGGGAGACAGAAGCAGUCCAAAGUGUUGCUUCAUUUCAUGCAAAAUGAAUCUAACAGCACAACAUGUCAUAUCAGUGCCAUGUGUUCGAUGCGGUAUGCCACUGGUGUUUGGUUUCUAGAGUGACCCUGUUAUCUCGCCACUUUCAUUGGAGUGCUUCAGUGAUUGUCACAUGAAGAGUCAGUGCAAAUGCAUCCAUGUUUGAUGUUUUUAAAUAUAAAAAAUAUCAGAAAAUCUCUUUUAACCCUCCUAUUAUGUUCGUUUCUUAGGGACAGCAAUACUGUUCCUGGGUCAACUUGACCCGGGGCAUAUUUAAUGAUCCACAAGUGUCCGAACCUAUAAAAAAUCCCAAUAAACAUUUUUUAAAUCUCAUUAUUAACUCCAUUACUAACCAUUUAAAUCAAUAUUUAGUUCAAUGAUGUUCUUUAAUUCUCACAGAUCAUGGCUAACUCACUUGUUUCUUAUUAACAUGAAUUUUAUAAUUCAUGUUAAAACUUUUUUAAAUGUACAUUGAAAAGCCCAAAAUAUAAAUACAACAGUUUUACAUGACAAAGAUUUUUGUUUAUAUUAUUUUUACAUUUAGAUUUCAUUGUUUUUUUAUUUAGUGAUGUUGAUAAAUUAACACGAGACCUCUUUUGUCACAUGAUGCCCAGAUUUUUAUGCUGUAUUGAGCUGGUUUGGAAGGUAUAUAUUGCCUAAGGAACCUCUGAAUGCCACUAGCCUUUCAUCCACUGUGACAUUAGAAAUGCGAAAUAAUACUUUUAACAAUUUCUUUUAGAUUUUUGAACUUUAAAAUAGGUCAAUUUGACCCGCAACAUAACAGGAGGGUUAAUCAAAAACUUAAGGCAUUUGUGAGAGAGUUUUCAACAGAUGUUAUAACUACGACAAUCAAAGAUGCAUGUGGGUGAAAGUCCCCAGUUAACAAGGUCACUCUUUAAAUAGAAACACCAUUCACUGCUUUCCCACCUCAGCAGAGCAGUGAAGGUAUGUUUGUCCUAUCUUAUGUUCAUAUUAGCACAAAGUAUGCAGGCUGUGGAAAAUUCAAAGGAAAUCAAUAAAGAAUUUGAUUUAUUAGCAGAACUGAUGAUAGCAUAGGUAUUAAUUCCCAUCCCUAAUCACUGCAAAUCCUGAAUGAAUACUUAUAGAUAUAUAGUAGAUGACUGGGGUUCGUGAAAGAUAUCAAAUAUAUUGAUUGGUUUAGUUCCACUUUUUCAAAAAGGUUGAAAUUUGAAUGUAAUCAUAAAAUUGCUAAUAUAAAGUGCCAUGAAAUAAACAUAUAGGCUUGGA